AAACAGAUGCAGACAGACAGACAGACUUAUACAAAAAGCAAACACACAGACUGUGCAAGAGGACAGGAGCAGGCUGGGAGAUAGUGGGGGAGGGGAGGGGGGGCAGUAACAGACUGCCAUCAGCAGACAAAUACGCAGAUACAAACACAGUAAGACACACAAGAAAAGACAAACGACAAGGCAGAUACACACACA